GAUACCCCUUUUUGAAAACACAAACUACAAGUUGCAAACUACCAACCUCAAACUACAAACACACAUUCACAUACAAUCGACAAGAUGGGUUGCACAGACGUUCUCAGCCGAAAGUCCGGAGUCAUCGUUGGCGAUGAUGUCCUCAAUCUUUUCAAAUACGCCCAAGAGCACAACUUUGCCAUUCCAGCCAUCAACGUUACCUCUUCCUCCACUGUCGUAGCAUCCCUCGAGGCUGCUCGCGAUGCUAACUCCCCAAUUAUCCUUCAAAUGUCCCAAGGUGGUGCCGCUUACUUCGCCGGAAAGGGUGUUUCCAACGGUAACCAAGAGGCCUCCAUCGCUGGUGGUAUCGCCGGUGCUCACUAUAUCCGUGCUCUUGCACCAGCAUACGGUAUCCCAGUUGUCCUCCACACUGAUCACUGCGCCAAGAAGCUCUUGCCAUGGUUGGAUGGUCUUCUCGACGCUGAUGAGAAAUACUUCAAGGAGCACAACGAGCCUUUGUUCUCCUCCCACAUGAUCGAUUUGAGCGAGGAGGAGGUUGAAUACAACAUCAAGACUACUGCCGCAUACUUGAAGAGAGCUGCACCAAUGAAGCAAUGGCUUGAGAUGGAGAUUGGUAUCACCGGUGGUGAGGAGGACGGUGUCGACAACGAGGAUGUUGACAACAACUCCCUUUACACUCAACCAGAGGAUAUCCUUGCUAUCUACCAAGCUCUUUCCCCAAUCUCCCCAUACUUCUCGAUUGCCGCUGGUUUCGGUAACGUUCACGGUGUCUACAAGCCAGGUAACGUCAAGCUCCGCCCAGAGCUCCUCGGCAAGCACCAAGCCCAUGUCAAGCAAGCUAUUGGAGCCAAGGACGACAAGCCAGUCUUCUUGGUCUUCCACGGUGGAUCCGGAUCUUCCAAGCAAGAGUUCUUGGAUGCCAUCUCCUACGGUGUUGUCAAGGUCAACCUUGAUACCGAUAUGCAAUUCGCUUAUCUCACUGGUAUCCGUGACUACGUCCUCAAGAACAAGGAUUACCUCAUGACCCCAGUUGGUAACCCAGAUGGAGCAGACAAGCCAAACAAGAAGAAGUUCGAUCCCCGUGUCUGGGUUCGUGAGGGAGAGAAAACCAUGUCCCAACGUCUUACCGAGGGUCUUAAGGAUUUCAACACUGCAGGACAGCUAUAAAUUUAUAAUGACUAGCGAAUAUUCAGAUUGCGUUUCAAAAUUUACACGGUUUAGGACAUUGUUAUGAAAUCCAUAGCGAAGUGCGGAGAAAUGGUGGUUGGGGUGGUGGAGUUUUGGUCAAACCUAUAAAUGCAACGAAUUGACA